GCAGAAACUGAUAUUCGUUUUCAGAUUUGAUUAAAAAGAAAAACCUACGAUUGUCCCAUUCGUUUCCAUUUUGGCUUUGUUGGGAAACCAAUUAAGGAAGAGAAAAAGGACUAAACUUGCCUGAAGGAAGAUUGGAGAAAGGCCCAGAUCUAUGAUUGGGGAAAGAAAAAGGAGAGGAGGAAAAGAAGAAGAUGACGCUGAUGACGAUGCUUGGGGCGGUGCAGCUGGGAGCGGCGGCUGCCUGCUUGGUGGUGUUGAUCCCGGUGGUGAUGGCUGGUUGGCAUUUGAGCCGAAACAGGAUGUUGCUGUUCAGCGGUGUUCUUUUCAUUACUCUGGCUGUUUGCGUCCAUUUUACUCCCUAUUUCCCUUCCGUUUCUGAUUUCGUUACCUCCGUUUCUUCUGUCGUCGUCUUCGAUCACCGCUCUUCUUGCAUCAAUUUGGUUAACGAAAUUUCAUGGAAUGUCAUGCCCAGCGUCUCUCUUCAACGUUUCAACGCCACCCACAACAUCUCUUCGUCUCUCGAUUUGUAUGAGAAGCGCUGGGAUUGGUCUAAAUCCCCCAAGCUCAACGCUUGCGACUUUCAGAAGUUGUCUAAAUCCGAUGCCUCCGACUUGUUAAAUGGUUCCUGGGUGGUGGUCGCUGGCGAUUCCGAAGCUCGAUUUUUCGCCCUCUCCUUGUUAAAUUUGAUUUUGGGUGCCCAAACUCAACGCAUGGACUCGGUUAGAACUGAUUUGUUCAAAAGGCAUAGUGAUUAUAGCAUUUUCAUUGAUGAAAUUGGUGUGACAUUGGAUUUUGUUUGGGCGCCUUAUGUUGUGAAUUUGACGAAUUCGAUGAUGGGUUUUAAGGCUAAAAGAAAUUACCCUGAUGUAAUUGUGAUGGGGGCUGGUCUUUGGCAUCUGCUUCAUGUCACCAAUGCUUCGGAUUACCAUUUUGCCUUGAGGGUGUUUAAAAGUUCCGUGGUGUCUUUGUUGCCAUUUUCACCCGAGUUAGGCAUGAAUGGGCCACUCAUUGGUUCGGUCUCUGUUAAAUCUCCCCAUUUGUUUUGGCUGGGGAUGCCCAUGCUCAUCAAUGGGAUGUUGAAUACGCAGGAGAAGAGGGCGAAGAUGAGCGACGCAAUGUGGCAUGCCUAUGACAGGGCUCUUGGUGACAGUAGGCUCUUACGCCAAACCGGUGGUCCUCUGGUAUUGUUGGAUAUCCAGUCAUUGACUUGGAAUUGCGGACCACGUUGUACAUCUGAUGGUAUGCAUUAUGAUGCAGUCAUCUAUGAGGCUGCUGUUCAGAUCAUGCUAAAUGCGUUGCUUAUUGAAUCUCAUCAGAGCCUUUGAAGUCCCCCACAAUGGUUUUACAGCAUGCUUGGCAAGCGCUCGACCCUUGAGAGAGAAAACACACACACACGGAAGCUCAAUUGUCGAUAGUGGCUUUGGAUUAGCACACGAGUAAACUUUCUGUCACUAUAUGUCGAAAUUCUUUGUUUUUCUAAUUCAUUUUUCUGCUGUUUUAUUUUGAUAUGAUUGAAAGCAAAAUAUUCACGUACUUGUAUACUAUAGUCUUAUAACAGCGUAUGAUUCACAUUCAA